CCUGAUGCUCCCACAAAAAUUCACAGGUGCAAUAAAAAUACAUACACAGCACAGGUGCGCUCGUAGUUGUGGUCACCGCUGCCAUGGAAACGAGAAAGCCGUAAACAAAAGCCGGAAAAAAUUCUUUACCAGAAUGCUGGCUAGAGAAAAUUAAAAAAAUAGUUUUAAAUAUAGUCAUGUCCUUCGAGAAGAUCCUGUACAAAUACGACGAACCCCAUGGCAUCGGAGAUGUUUAUUUUAUUUGGCAGAAGGCUUUGCUGGCCACCACAGGAACCGAUGGCUCCGUGGCUUUGUACAACCGCCAGGGGCAGCUGGUGCAGCGCAUUAUCCUGGCAGGUCUCUGUUCUGGCUUUGCCUGGGACCAUGAAGGCGAUGUCUUGGGAAUAAUUACCAGUGGAUCUCCAAAUAUUACAUUAUGGGACUACGAAACCCAGGAAAAGAUGAGUGUGGAGACGGGACUACGGGAUCCGUUGACCUGCAUCCUCUGGUCCAAGCAGCAGCAACUCCUGGCUGUCGGCACUGGCCGAGGAAACCUGUCUAUCUACAACCACAGUAGCGGGAAACGUCCCACUCCAGUGCUGGGCAAGCACAGCAAACGGAUCACCUGCGGUGCCUGGUCGGCUCAGAAUCUUCUAGCUCUCGGAUCGGAGGACAAAAGCUUCUCGCUGAGCAAUGAGGACGGGGACACGGUACGAGUGGUCCAACUUAGGGAUGCUCCGACCGACAUGUACUUUGCUGAAAUGGCAAACGAUGACCGAAUCGCCGGUGACAAUGCCAUCAGCAUGAUCAUUGGCAAGCGCACCCUUUUCCUCUAUUACCUUCCCGAGCCGGAAAAUCCUACGGAGCUGGGCUUCCAGAGUCGGUAUGGAUCUUUAAUGCAGCACAAGUGGUUCGGUGACGGUUAUAUACUGUUGGGCUUCUCCAACGGCCACGUUGUUGCUAUUUCCACCCACCCCAAGGACGUGGGGCAGGAGCUGUGGCAGGUUAAAAAUCACAAGGACACGCUGAGUGGUCUCGCCUACUGUCCCACGUUGGAUAUUGUAGCCUCCUGCGGAGAUGAUAACAUAAAAAUUCACUCGAUAACGAACCUCCAGGAAACGGAGCGCAUUAUAACCGUUCCGGAUCAUGCCGGCGUUCAGAUGAUCGAUUGGUCUCCCGAUGGGCAAUUAUUGGCGGUUACCACCAACAGUGGCACUGUCUAUAUCUACGUGACCAAGCUGCCUCACCUCUUCGCCGUAUCAGCGCCUCGGAUCGUCCUGCUGAGUAGUCUGGCUGAGGUGUCUAUCUAUGUGUAUGCUCCGGAUAAGUCCAAGUCGUUGCCUUUCCGGCUGCCGCUGGAGGGAGAGCCCACCUUCAUGGCUGUGGGACCGUACAACUUUGCGGCUGGGAUUGAAAAGCACGUAUGGUUCUACGAUCUGGGCAAGAGUUUGGGCGAGGAACCUCGACCACUAAGCGAACGUGAUUUCCCCCGAAGCAUUGCCAGUAUGCGACUGAAUGCGGAUUACUGUGCUGCGCUGUGUCCACCCCAGUUGAUCCUCCAGGCCAUAACCGCUGACAAUCCAAACUGCAAGGACAAGCUUCAGGCUGUGUUUCCAACUGCCUUGCCCAAUAUGCCCAGCGAUGCGGUGAUCACCUGCUUUGCUCUCACCCAGGAACUCCUAAUAUUUGCCACCGAUAUUGGUCACCUGGUGUUCUAUUCUCUGGAAAAGUGGGAAAGCUGCACUAUAUAUCGCCACAGUAUGGGUAUAAGUCAACUCAACGUGGACAUUGAGGGAACCAAGACUAUCUUCAUCGAUGACCAUGCCCAGGGAUAUGUUUUUUUGCCCGCCGUGGAGGAGGCCUUACUGAUUCCAGAGAUGCCCAAAGAGUGCCUUGGCUGUCUUUGGGAUCUGACCCAGCCCAAUAUCUUCAUCAGCUACGAUACGAGGAUGGUAAAUACCCACGUCUUUGUACGCCACUCUGUCCAGGGGACCUAUGCCUUGAAAGUGGGAGAAUCCAAACUGAAUCCUGGUCAGUUUCCGAUUCUACUGUGCGGGGGUGAGAUGGCACUCCAUGUCGAUGGGGGCCAGUAUGCGACGCAGUCGCUCAGCACACAUGUGGUGAAUCCUAGCAACAGCCAGACAGCGAAUCUUCAGAUGCUUCUUCGGCUUAGGAACUACGAAGAAGCCUUCAAGUUGUGCAAGCAGAUGAAUCAGACAAGUGCCUGGCGGGAGUUUGGGGAGCAGGCUAUUUCCGAUCUGGAGCCGGAUAUUGCCAUUCGAGCUUAUCGUCAGUUGGGGGAUGCUGCCCUGGUGAAUGCUUUGACCGAUCUCCGCUAUGUGGAAGAUCUGGACAUGCUCAUCGGAUGCUGUUGCAUGCUCUUGUCCCAAUACGAACAGGCUAAGGAGCACAUGCUCAAGGGUGUUUACAACCGUGCUGCCCUGGAACUCUGCCGUGAUCUUCUACAAUGGGAUCAGGCCUUACUGCUGGCCCACAAGCACGAUCCCCAGGAGGUUCCUUUCAUUGCCAGGGAAUACGCCCAGCAAUUGGAAUUCACGGGAAACUACGCCGAUGCCUUGUAUCAUUACGAAAAAGGUUACAAGGAAGAUUUAAUCAACAACAAGGAAAGCGAACAGCCAGCUUCAAUGGAUGCUUCUCCGGAAUUCGAAGAGCAUGUGCGUCUGUGCAAAAUGGGCAUCGCCAGGACUUCUAUAAGAGCAGGAGAUUUCAGGCGUGGGAUCCAAUAUGCCGUGGAACUGGAGGAUAAGCAGCUCCUCUUCGACUGUGCGGAGCUCUUAGCCACCGUUGGACAUCUGACCGAAGCAGCUGGCUUGUAUGAACGUGGAGGUUUCUACGACGAGGCCUGUGGCCACUAUAUUGCUCUUAAGAUGUGGCACAAGGCCAACAACAUCCUACCCAAGGUAAAGAGCACAAAACUGCACGCAGCCUAUGCCAAGGCCAAAGAAAAUGACGGUCACUUUGAGGAGGCCAUAAAGAGCUACCGGGUAGCCGGUGACUUGGAUGCCUGCGUUCGGAUAUAUCUGGAUCAUCUGUGCGAUCCCCAUGCUGCCUCAGAAAUAGUUUUGGAAUCCCGCUCAAUGGACUCAGCCAAGCUUCUGGCCAAGUUUUAUCAGAAAAUCGGUGACGUGGAACAAGCUCUUCAGUUUCUGGUUAUCUGUGGCUGUGUGGAGGAGGCCUUCGCCCUGGCCCAGCGGCACAACAAGCUCCGUCGACAUGGCGAGCUUCUGGAACGUUAUGAGAAUGCCAAAUCCUCAGACUAUCUAGCACUCGCUCACUAUUUUGAAAGUGAAAAGUAUACGCUCUUAGCUGGAAAAUAUUACUUUCUGGCUAGAGAGUUCACUAAAGCAUUGAGAUUCCUUCUGAAGGCCUCCGCUUUUAACAACGAAGAGCAAGGAGCUCUGUCCCUGGCCAUUGAUUGUGUGGCCACUUCGAAUAAUGAACAAUUGGCGACCCAGCUCAUUGAGUUUCUACUGGGCGAAGUGGAUGGCGUCCCGAAAGAUCCUCGCUAUCUGUUCCGUUUAUACAUGGCUAGAAAACACUACAAGGAUGCGGCCAAGACAGCUGUUAUUAUUGCCAACCAAGAGCAGCUUGCCGGAAACUAUAAAUCAGCCAGAGAUCUGCUUUAUUCCAUGUACCAGGAACUACGUAGGAAUAAUUUAUCCGUUACUGCCGAGAUGCGGCAUCAGUUUAUUCUCUUACAUCGGUACACGUUGGUGAGGAUUCACGUUAAACUGGGAAACCAUCUUUUGGCCGCCAAGCUGCUGGUCCAGGUGGCCGCCUGUAUUUCACAGUUUCCUGAACAUAUUAUUCCCAUCCUCACCUCCACGGUGAUUGAGUGUCAUCGAGCAGGACUCAAGAAAUCUGCCUUUACAUAUGCCUCCACCUUGAUGAGGCCGGAUUACAGGAAUCAGUUGGACCCACGAUAUGCCAAAAAGAUAGAAUCCAUCGUGAGAAAAGCACCCAAGGGCAUUAAACAGCUCCGUGAUGAAAUCGAUGACGAGACCAUGGAGUGUCCCAUUUGUGACUCAAAUCUGGCCAAUAUGGAGGUGACCUGCUACAGCUGCAAGACCACCCUUCCCAUCUGCAUAGCCACUGGCCAGCACAUCAUUAAGCAGCUUAUGACAUCCUGUCCGCAAUGCGACUUUCUCUGCUUCCGCGCCGAAAUGGAAAACAUUUUAUCUGAGAAUGGCGAGUGUCCCAUGUGUGGCGAACGUGUGGCACCGGAGCAGUUGCUGGAUGUAGAGGACAUACGACCAUAUAUACUGGCCGCUUCUUAGGAUAGACUCAUCAUAGAACUGAAGCAAACGAAUAGACUGCACAUGAUCACCCAAAACCAAAAAAUAGAAACAUAUACAUACAUAUAUGUAUAAGA